UGUCUUGUUUACCUCAUUUUAUUCAGUAUUUACAUUUUAAGUUCGUGUUUCAAUUUUAGUUUAUCGAGUUUCUCGCUAGAAACUGGUGAUCUUUAUGAUACAUUUAAACAAUUAAAUCGCUGUCAUUGUGAUAAAAAUUAUCUGUGAUUAAAUUAAUCUAAUCGUGUAAUUGUUUUAAAGCGAUAAUCUAGUGGCGAUAUUCAAAUUUCAAAUAGUUUUAUUUAUUUAUUUAAAACCUUGUGUUUUUAUUUGAUUUUUAAUAGUUGAUGUGAAUAAGAAUGAACUUAUCGUUCGCUGGUUGUGGCUUCCUCGGGAUUUACCAUGUUGGUGUUGCAGUUUGUUUCAAGAAAUAUGCGCCUCAUCUCCUUCUAGGGAAGAUAUCAGGAGCUUCUUUUGGAGCUUUGUCAGCCUGUUGCUUGCUCUGUGAUUUGCCCAUAGGUGAAAUCACAUCUGAUGUUCUCAGAGUGGUCCGCGAAGCAAGGUCAGGGUCCCUCGGACCCUUUAGCCCUUCAUUCAACAUUCAAAAUGUGCUCCUCGAGGGCAUGGAGAAAUAUUUACCCGAAGACGCCCAUAAGAUAGUGAGCGGUAAACUACAUAUAUCACUAACCAGAGUAUACGAUGGGAAGAAUGUUAUUGUAUCGGAGUUCCCUACAAGAGAAGAUUUAUUACAGGCGGUGAUGGCGUCAUGCUUUGUCCCAGUAUUUUCUGGCCUGUUGCCCCCCCGAUUCCACGGCAUCAGGUAUAUGGAUGGAGGGUUCAGUGAUAACCUGCCAGUGUUAGAUGAGAACACCAUCACGGUCAGUCCCUUCUGCGGGGAGAGCGAUAUAUGUCCUAGGGAUUUGAGUUCACAGUUAUUCCACGUAAACCUAGCGAACACGAGUAUAGAGCUAUCAAAACAAAACAUGAAUCGAUUCGCUCGUAUCCUUUUCCCUCCGAAACCCGAAGUCUUAAGCAACAUGUGCAAGCAAGGCUUCGACGACGCUCUUCGAUUCUUGCACAGAAACAACCUGAUAUCUUGCACGAGAUGUCUCGCCGUGCAGUCGACCUUCCAGCUUCAAGACGUCUUGGAUGACACAACGUACGAUUAUGAUCCGGAUUGUGAAGAGUGCAAGACCCAUAGACAGGAUGCAUUAGUGGACGAUCUACCGGACACGGUGAUGACGAUAUUCCAAAAUGCCAUCGAUUCGGCCAACAACGGCAUCGUGAACUGGGUGAUGAAGCAACGUGCCGUCCGAUACCUGAACCUCCUGACGCUGCCGUACCGAGUGCCCAUCGACAUUAUGUAUGCUACAUUCACCAAAUUCGUAUCAUGCACGCCGAAGAUGAGCAAGUCAGUCUGGAAGCUAAGCCUCAAUCUCCUGCAGCAGCUCCACGGCUUCGUGUACACGUCGCACGACAGGUCCGAAGCCGCGGCCAGGAUAUACUACAAGCUGACCACCGAGGCGAAGAGGGAAACCAACGAAGGACACCUCUUGGAGAGGCGACGAGCGAGUGAGUUCCGUGUGACGUACGGUGACGUGAGAAUAACCUAUGAGGAUGCGGACACCUUCGAACAAAUACUCAACGUGACGUCACACCACGAUGCACUGCUCGCAUACUACUACCUCGACGGAGAGAAUAAGAUGAAGAUGACCGAGAUAUACGACGUGACCGACGCCGAUACGGACGCUGUGCAGUCGCCCACAGAGCGGGACCUCAACAAGCAGCUGGAGUUCGACAACGACUGGUCCGACGAACUCAUCACCAGUAACGAGGAACUGGACAUGGAAGCGAUGGACGAUGACGCCCUGGCCGACCGGAACAUAUUCUCGGACCCGGAGAGCGAGUGGAACGGGCGCCGAUCCAACUCGGAGAGCGACGCCGAGCAACCGGAGGCCGACCGCCAAUUACUAGAACAAAUCGACUGCGAUCGACUAGCAAAAACUGUAAACAAACGAGCUGUGAUUUUAACCAAUUUUAUGCUGAAUAAUCUCGUUGAAGCGAUAUCCCAACUCUUGUCCAAUACGACCCUAUUGACUUCAUUGCUGCUAGAAGGAUUACCGUUGAAGAUCCCCUAUUUGAAUCCUUUAUGCGAGGCGGUCCUUUUAAACAGUUCCCUCCAACACUUGUACUUCCAACGAUGCUUGCUCGGAGACGCGGGAUGUUUGGCAAUCUGCAAAGCGGUCCGAUGUCUGCCGAACGUCCUGACUUUAGACCUGUCAGGUUGCGAACUGACUAUGCUUGGAGCUAGUUAUAUAGCUGAAUUAGUUAAGUACCAAAAGAUCCAUCGAUACAGCGAGAAUUGGAUCCAUACAUUACGUUAUCGUCUCCCUGAUCUCGAUACAAUGGCUGGCCUGAGACGUAUCACCCUUUGUGGGAACACUCAGUUGGGUGACGCUGGACUCACCAAACUAUUGGAGGUCUUGGCUGAUGAUUUGUGGAUUAAAGCACUAGACGUUCAAAACUGCGGUCUGACAGAAGCAACGGCAACGGCUACAUUGAACAUGAUGCGGUCGAAUACUACCCUCGUCGUCUUGGACUUGAGGCAUAAUUCUGAGAUCUCUAUCGAGUCGCUAUCCAAGGUUAGAUCUGCGCUCAGAGCUAACGAAAGGGGAACGGCAGGACAGUAUUCAUGGCUUGGAAAUGUUAGCGGUUGCUCAAGUGAUGGAAGAAUUAAAACUGUCGUCAAAAAUGGAGCUGUCAAAGACAGAGGAACGAUAACGAAAAACGCGCCAUCGAAAUACGUAGCAAAGAGUAGCGUCGUCAAAAAAGAAAAAGAUUACACAGAAGUACUCGAAGAACAGCUUCAAGAAGAGAUAUCGCAUCGGCAGCAACUCGAGGAGUUGAAUCUACAACUAGUAGAUCAAAUGAAGCAGUUGAAACAGCAGCAGAUCAAGUUGUGGGCGAAUGGGGCCAUGUCGUCAGGUUCAGAACAGUCAUUCCAAGCGAGUUCGCGUUCGGGUGACUAUUCAAGCAGUUCUGGUUCUUCGAGCUCGAUUCCGAUCGACCAGAACACGCUGUCCUACAUUCAGCAGGCCUUUAAGGAUAUAUAUGAAUUUAUCAAGAAUAAUCAGUGUCACGGACAAUGCCUCGUUGACACGGCAAAUGAUAAAAAUGUCGAAGAAACAAUUGUCAAUGAGGCCACCGAAGCUGAAAUGCACGGAUACAAUGAACUUCGCGCCAAUAUUGUAGCGAAGAAAGCACAAAGCACGCACGUCAAAAUGCUCACGAAUGCCAAGAUGACAAAGAAAAUGACCAAGUCUGCGCAUUUGUUGGGCGAUGUACCAGGAUCUCAGAGAUCUAGGGACGUUGAAAUGAAACCAGAAAUGAUCGAAAAGCAAAUGGGCGACACUAGAACUUUGAACGAAGAACGUUGCUAUGACGACAUGAGAACGAAGACAAAGAAGUCAAGUUCCCAGGACAGAUCGAGUCCUAGCAGCAGCAUGGUCAGCGAUUCGUCAGACACAUUGGUUUGCUCCCCUCAGCUGACGCAGCGCACUCUCGCCAUCAACCCGCGAGAGGCCUUCUACUCGAGCGACGAUGAUGAGUCUUCAUGAGUUUUUGUAUUCCUUUUGUUUAUUUGUAUGAAUAAAGUUUGUUUGGUAGAGGAGUUUAUUUCUGCAAUCACUUUAUUAUUUAAAAC